UAAUUAUGAAAUUCAAGACAUCCCUUGGCAUAUCUGCACAGGGCACAGUUAUAGCAUAAUUUUAGUACUGCAUUGGGUGCUUACUAAUAUAUUACACAUGUAGGAAAGUCGUACUAUAUUCCAAUGCAAAAUGCGGUUGUCCAGAAUCUUAUACAGCACUUAACCUGAGAGUAAUUAUUCAUGAGCUAUGCUAAGUUUGCGUUAGAGGGUGGAACGUCUCCGUUCUGUUUGCUUAAACUCUUCCAACUGCAGCUCAAACAGGAUGUUAUUCCGGGCCUGUUGGCGAGCUCAGGUACCUGCUUUGGCGUUUGAUCACAUGAAAUCCUGCACUGCAACGGUCCUUGAUGCGGAUAUGGUGCAACCAGCCAAAUAACGCAACAAUAUGCGCGACUGUGCACCAUGAACGCAGCAAAAAGCUUCAUUUUAAUCAGAUACAAGUUGUUUUAUUUAAUCCAAAUCUUCUGGUGGUUGUUGGGUUUCGCAAAGGAAUGAUGGGAGACCCGCCAAAGAGAUUUUACUGCUUGUGUUUACAUGUCAUUAUUUCUAUGUCUUUAACUGACUGUCUGAGCCGAUCCAGCACAGGUAAUGUGGCUUUCCUUGACGCACCUGACGCGCCCGUCUCCAACUGUCCUUUACGCGUUAAGUACAGCUGUUUUCAGUCCUCGGUAGUGCAUGUUCAGGUUCUGGUUUCUUUCGAUACUGGAUCUACCUCAGUCGUUUUCCACAAAUACUGGUCCUGCGACCCAGGACAUCCCAGAACCCGAGUGGUGACCUUGAGUUUUCCUGACUGGCUCGUGUACCGACCUGAUUGGAUAAUACGCGGUUCUGACUGGGUUCUCAGCUGUUUACUGCGUGCUUGGAUCGGACCGGAUGAAUCCACCGGACCUGGUAGGUUUCCUGGAACCAGUGUGACGGUUCCCCUCGAUAUCCACUCACCACUGAGUCGACCCUUCAAACAACACCAGCUUUGUGCCAAAUGGGACACAGAUUUGCUCAGGAGAGUCGGAAGAGAUGACAUGCCACAGUGCUUGGAGGAAAAUGAGGUGGCAUCUCUUCUUUCCUCAAUUUUUGCUUCUACUGGUGAACGUUAUGGCAUCAUCAAAACUCUCCAGCCAUUCAGAAAUGAAGUUUUGGAAGGGCUGCGAAUCAAAUCCAUCUUUUAUCCCUGGUUUGCUGUUUCACUUUGGGUUUUGGUGGAGAAACCUUGCAGUAACCAUUUAUGUGGACUUCUGUUCCACAUUGAUGCUGAAAAUAAUUACGCCACCCCUACAAUGUUCCUCACUGACACUGGUAAGAUUCACGUCCAGGUGCAUGGAGAUGCCGGGCACUCCUCAGCGUUCCUUUCAUCUUUUAAGGUUCCUCUUCAUCAGUGGUGUCGUAUCAGCCUGGAGAUUCUGGGACGUGUGGCCAUAAUUUCUAUUGCAUGUAUGGAAGGGCAGCAGAAAUUUGUUAGCACAGCUGAGCAUGUAUUUGGCAAGAAUGUCAUGUUGGAUGACACACAUGGAUAUUUUGUGAUUGGUGGAGGUAAAUUCACACAAGGCAUUGAAGGAUAUUAUGGACCGGCUACAUACUAUCGUAUACAGGGGCUCCCAGCAGACCAGGCUGAGAUUCACCUUCCUUCUGUAAUAUCAAAAGUGAAUAUAACCGGAUGGUUCCAGUCUUGUGAGAAUUUCAAAUCGGAGCUUUUUCUGUCUGCAACAGAUCACUCUCUCUCAGUACAGAGACCAUCAGACAGCUGUUUGAACACAUACACAGAGUUGCUACUGAAUCACAGUACCGUCAACUCAACAGAGCAGUGCAUGUUCUUCGAAACAAAUCCUUACAGACGCCACGUUGCACAGUUGACCAAACUACUAUCACAGAAAUAUGGCAGAGUGAAUGCAUCAGCUGUGGGCAGGAUUGUGUACGCUCUAGUCCUCCGUAAGAUCAGUACAGCUCACAGUCUGGAUGUUAUAACCAGGAUGAUGCCUUUCCUGCUGCAGUCUGGCUGCUUGGGAGACAAUAGAGCACUACAUCUGUCCUCUGUGCUGUACAGCGGUGGAUUCGGAGUCAGGAGACAGCCGUACAAGGCUUGGCUGUUGUCCCUUUUGGCAGCUCAGAAGGACUGGAGGUUGGCGCUCUUACGUUUAGGGCACAUGCACCAUGUUGGUGACCUGGAGGUGACCCCUGACCGUGACCUUUCCUAUGCUUAUUACAUUAACAUCGCAAGACAAACCAGCAUGGAUCAGAAGAAUCCCUCCCCACAUCAAACUUUUGUUGAGUUAAUACGUUUAAAUGAUGAAGAGACCCUGGAGGCCCAAACCAAUGAAAACGAUGAUCUGUUUUACUGGCUGAAGCUGCAGGCGCGAAGUGGAGUGGCUGAAGCUGAGCAAGCAAUGGGGCGCAUGUUAUUCUGGGGUCAGCAAGGAGUGUCUCCAGAUAUUCAGACAGCAGUGAAACACUAUGAGAGAGGUGCAACCAAACUCCAUGACCCCGUGUCCAUGUACGACUACGCCAUUGUGCUCCUUACGGGUCAGGGAGUACCAAAAGAUGUUCAGAGAGCCGUGACAUUCCUGAAGAAAGCAAUAGAACAGGGGUCUGUUCCCGCUAUCACUGCUCUGGGCUGGUACUACGAGCAGUAUGAGAAGGAUUACGAGAAGGCUGUACAUCUGUGGGAAGAAGCUGAUGCCAAAGGUCACCCUGAUGCUGCUAUGAAUCUGGGAGUUUUCUACUCUCAGGGCCUCUAUCCUGGACAGCCUGUCGACCAGUUUGAGGCAUAUAAGUACUAUUUAAAGUCAGCCCAGAGAGGACACUUAAACGGUGGCAUUGAAUUGGCUGAUAUUUGGAUUCAUGGGAUUCGCGGCCGAGUUGUCAGACGCCCGGCAGAAGCUGUUCUUUGGGUUAAAUGGGCAUCUGAACAGAAUGGAUAUCUGGGAACAGUCUUGAGGAACGGACUGAAUGCCUAUUUCAGAGGAGACUGGAUCAUGUCUUUGAUUUAUUAUCUGAGUGCGGCAGAGAGUGGAUUUGAAGCAGCUCAGUUUAAUGUGGCGUACCUGUGUGAACUCAACUCAGGCUCUUUGGAUCCAGCGCUGGUGACUCAGUGCAUGUUAAGAUAUUAUAACAUGUCAAUACAGGCUCAAGAUCCGGCUCCUUAUGCUUUGAUCAGAAUGGGAGAUCUGUUCUGUGGUGAACAGGCUUUGGGCAGAAAAGAGAUUUCUGAUGCCGCAGAGCUGUACAAGCAAGCAGCUCUCAAGAACGAACCACAGGGUUGGUAUAAUCUUGGCCUGCUUGUCCAAAGCGGAGAGUCUCUGCCUUUCAGUGUGCUUUCUGAGCUCAAUUUGCUCCACCUUCACUUAUCAGACCGACAGACGCUUCUCAGCACCUUGUACCAGAGAUGUAGAGAGACCAAUAGCACUGAUGCCUACCUGCCCUGCACACUGGCACUGUUCAGCGCACACCUGCAAUCUUUACAACUACAUCAGGAUACUGCGAUGAAGCUCAUUGCCACAGUUUCGGCUGCAGUUGGAGCUCUGUCUUUUGUAUUUGGACUAAUUAAAUGGAGGACAACACCACUCCACCAAACAUCUCGAUCCCAAACAUCUGCUUCCAGCCAAACCCAAGAGGAGGAAUCCUAAAGAAAACUGCUAGAUAACUUUUAUUAUUUGUAAACAAGUCUCAAUAUUCUGUAUGGUUUUCCUCCAUGCGAAGCACUUGUUAAAUCCUCAUUUUUGUGCCAUUAAGAGAUGCAGUAUAAUAACAAAAUGCAGUCUAACUUGAAAUUGAAGCACAAUCUGACAUUUAACUAUACAGCGAUGUACAUUCAAUUUCUAUUCGGGUGAAAAUCCUGUCAUUUAUUCACCCUCAAGCUGUUCCAAACCUGUACGAGUUGAAGACAUUUUAAAGCAUGCUGGUAACCAAACAGUUGCUGGUAGCCAUUGACUUCCAUAGUAUGGAAAAAACACUAUGGAAGUCAAUGGCUACCGUCAACUGCUGUUACAAACAUUCUUCAAAGUAUCAUCUUUUUUGCUCAACAGAAGAAAGAAACUUUUGGAACAACUUGAAGGUGAGCAAAUAAUAACAGAAUUUUUUUGGUGAACUAUGCUUUUAAUGAAACUUUUCAGAGAAAAACAACAGACUUGCAUAUAAAUUAUCCUUUUUCUACAAGUACUUUUUAAAAAUGUACAUUUUAAGAUUUUUCUUCCUCAUGUUUAUCACUAAAAUCAUCAGCGUUUCCAAAAAAAUGACAAGUAAAAGAAAUGGUUCUGAAUAAAGUAAUAUUUUAAAAUGUAA